AAGCUUAACAAUUGUGCUGAUUGAAUUUAUUUGUUAUGAAUUCUUCCGGGGAUAGCUCAAGAAACGGGUUAAUUAACUCGUAAUUAUUAUCAUAAAAAUGCGGAGACACUUGCAGUGGAGCAUCAAGCAGUUAACGGCCAAUUACGCGGAAGGUCAGUGCUCUCCUCGCCGGGUGACAGAACAGGCUCUGGAGGAUGCGCUCAAACUAAAGACACUAAACGCCUUUAUACGGCUCACUCCUGAACAGGCCCUCCAGCAGGCGCAGGAAUCCGAGGGACGCUAUCAGAAUAAGAAGCCUUUUGGUUCCCUGGACGGAGUAACCAUUGCUGUCAAGGAUAAUUUUUGCACUCAAGAUGUGCAUACUACCUGUGCCUCGCGGAUGCUCCAGGACUUUGUGCCUCCCUAUGAUGCCACCGUCUGCUCCCGGCUGAAGCAAUCCGGCGCAGUACUUUUGGGAAAGACCAACAUGGAUCAGUUUGCCAUGGGCGCCGGCACCGUGGACUCGCUGUACGGUCCCACUAAGAACAUCUGGAGCGAGGACCUCGAUCAGGACCACUGGCGCAUUGCUGGAGGCAGCUCCGGAGGCUCUGCAUCCGCUGUGGCCGCUGGACUGUGCUAUGCCGCAAUUGGCUCCGAUACAGGGGGAUCCACCCGAAAUCCGGCCUCCUACUGUGGCGUGGUAGGCUUAAAGCCCACCUACGGCUUGGUUUCCCGCCAUGGUCUCAUCCCGCUAGUCAACUCAAUGGAUGUGCCUGGAAUUUUCGCUCGCUCCGUUAGCGACUGCCUUGAGGUCCUCAACGCAGUGGCUGGACCGGAUCGGCUGGACUCCACUACCAUCAGACAGCCAUACACAAAGUUGCACUUGCCGGAAGUAGACAAAAUAGACCUGAGCUCAGUGCGAAUCGGAAUACCAAAGGAAUACCACUGUCAGGGCCUCUCCUCCGAGGUGCUGGAGACGUGGUCCAAGGUGGCCGAUCUCCUGGAGUGCGCCGGCGCCUCUGUGCGCCAGGUCUCGCUCCCAAACACGGCGGCCAGUAUUUUCGUGUACUCUAUCCUCAACCAGUGCGAGGUGGCCAGCAACAUGGCCCGUUACGACGGUAUUGAGUACGGCCAUCGGGCCUCCGAUGAGCGCAGCACGGAGCAGUUGUACGCACUGUCCCGGGCUGAGGGCUUCAAUGAAGUGGUAAAGACGCGCAUUCUUACGGGAAACUUCCUUUUGCUGCGCAGGAACUACGACCACUACUUCGAGAAGGCGCUGAGGGUGCGCCGCCUGAUCGCCGAGGACUUUGCCAAAGUGUUUCAGUCCUCUCCCUCCGAUGACCGUGUGGACAUCCUGCUCACCCCGACGACUCUGACCGAGGCUCCGCUCUAUAAGGAUUUUGCCUCCCUGACCAACAGGGACCAGUGCGCUGUGCAGGACUUUUGCACGCAGCCGGCCAACAUGGCAGGCAUUCCCGCCGUGUCCAUACCUAUUCGCCUCUCCCGAACGGGCUUGCCCCUGAGCCUGCAGCUGAUGAGCAACAGCCUCAACGAGCAGCUACUGCUCUCAGUGGCGAGCUGGAUCGAGGCUCAGGUAGGAUUUGACAGCCUGGAACACAAGCAAGAGUGUAGGUCCAAGGCAUAAAAGAAACUGCUUUUCUUUAAUAAAUACUGUUAAACAUUUAAA